GUGUCCCCAUAGGUGGACAGAGGAGGAGGGGGAGAGGAUUCAGGCUCCGCGGCGCAUGCGUUGGAGUGGGUCCCGGCUCCUGGAAUCGCGUGAUGUAGCGCUCUCCCCAAGAGCGGUUGGGGGGUGACCUGUGCGCGGCACUCGGGCUCGGACCCUCCGCAAUGGGAGGGAGCUUCCUGGCAGCUUUGGAGGUCACGUGAUCAUAAAACUAGGGGGAGUCUCUCACUUAUGUGUGUUCCACACAUUCCUCACAGCCAUUCUGUAUAUGCGUUCCCUGCGCCCCUUCCACGCCCAUGUGCAAGGGCACCCCCCCCAUUUCACACACAUUCCCUACACCCAUUUUACACACACUCACUCCCCUACACAUGUACAUCCAUUCCCCAAACAUGCAUGAUUGCACACACGUAUGCAUACACAUUCCACACUCACGUUCCAUACAUACACUCUCACCCGUUUCUGGAACCCAUUCCAUGUAUUUUUGCCAUAUAACUUAACCAGAUUGGGCAAAAGCUAAUAAGCAGAGGUGGACACAAAUCUGUGAUUUAUGCCAUGAGUAAGUCAUGUUGGGAGGUAGUGUCUGAAAAAUAAGUCUUGUCCUGUAUUUUUUGUGCAGCUGUGCUGUAUUUCCUGUGAAUACUGUGAACUACUUUCAUUCCAGACAAACUGCUGCUUCCACCUCUGCAGAAAGACCAGUUUGAGGAGUCCCCCAAGAGGUUAUCUUCACCCCUCAGGACAGUACUCACCGACAGAACAGUCUCCUCUGUGUCUUUGUUGGCUCUCACCAGGCUUGUGUGUGUCUAGACAACCUUCUUAACAGAAUUAAAUCAGCGUACACUGCUGGACUUCUUCAGUCUCAGACAACAAUGAAUGUGGAACAUGAAAUAAACCUCUUAAUUGAGGAGAUUCGGCGACUGGGGACCAAAAAUGCUGAUGGAAAAAUGAGUGUGAAGUUUGGCGUGCUCUUUGCUGAUGAAAAAUGUGCCAACCUCUUUGAAGCCCUAGUGGGAACUCUUAAGGCUGCAAAACGAAGAAAGAUUGUUACUUACCCAGGAGAGCUGCUUUUACAAGGUGUUCAUGACAAUGUUGACAUUUUAUUAUUGCAGGACUAAUGCAAAUUGCACUUAUUCUAUGCAUUAGUUAAUAUGUUUCAGGUAAAAUGAUUUGCAGAAUUUUCAGAUCAAUGGAAAUCAUGCUAAUGUGUUUGAAUGCAAUUUUCUAUAUCUUUAUAGUCACAAGGAAACUGUGCUAUUUUGGAAAUCUAUUUCUUUUUGUGUUCUUUCUGUGAACAGUACUGUACUGCAAGGUAAAAGAUCCAACAACUAAAAUCUCAGGUAAUACAUUUUUUAAAAUGUAUCCAAUGGUUUUUGUCACAAUAUAAAAUGGAGACGAAACUGGAAAUAUAAGCGUUUACAAUUCAAAAUCUGCCACAAAAUAUAAAAUAAAAUCAUUUGCUUAAAUUCAUAUAA